CCCAAUUAUUUUUUCUCAACUAUAAUCUACAUUAUCGAAACGUAUGAGGGAAAUCAAGUCAAGGUGCGUGGAUUAUAUGAAACUCCCAUUCUCCUUCACUCCGAAAGAGUUUUUCACAACGAAUUCCGAUAUAAUUGUAAUGUAUAUGAAACGUAUUUGUAAAAUAUCUCAUAAAAGAUAACCAUUUUUCAGAAAAGUAUGAGGAAACAACAUUAAGAGAAAGCUCGCUUAUCUAGUUAUGCUUGUUUUAUUGGUAAUAUAACAGUGUCAACAAAAUUUGAUUCAACACAGGGUCUACUAUUAAAUGUGGAAAUUUGGUUUAGAUCAGGUCUUAGUGAUGAUUAAACAACAUCCUGUACAACAUUCUCAAGUAAUUAGAGACAUGUUAAAGAGAAAGCCACUGCGACAAUCAAGUUACUCCCUAUAUUUUUUGAAGAAUCAAAAGGUGUCCACCUUUAAAUGAUACAUGUGCAGAAUAUCAGAUGGCAUUGGAUUUAAAGAACUUUUACAUCAGAUACAUCUUCUUCAAUAUUUAUCAUCUUUUAGACUAAACAGAGCAGAGAUAAUCUUGUUUAUAUAAAUCUAUGGUCUGUCAGAAGAACUUACCUGCAGCAAUUACAAUAUUUUCUCUAAGCUGAAAUUAAUAACAACAUUUCUCUUCUCUCUCUGGAUUAUGUAUAAGUUGAUUUUUCUAACUUGAAUUACAAAGAUGUUUGCAGUAUCUUCUGGUAUUGAUGAAAAUGCAACAAAAGGAAUAUGUUUUUAAAUAUAAACUAUAAAAAAAGAAAUGAGAAAGAAGUCAAUAUAUUGAGGUGAGAGAAUGAAAUUAUGGAACAGGUAAAGUGUGAAACUGAUGAGUCUAGCAGGGUUGAUUUUUCAGAAAAGAUGCCAAAAGAGAUAGGACAGCCAUCAUACCAUGGUGGUAUAUUCUUCCUAAACCAUCACUUAACAGCUCAUGGAAGUAUUCCUACUGGGGAGAAACCAUAUCACUGUGAUGUCUGUGGUAAAUCAUUCUCUGAGAACAGUCAUUUAACUAACCACAAACUUAUUCACACAGGAGAGAAAUCACAUCACUGUGAUGUCUGCAACAAAUCAUUUUAUCGAAAUGAUGAAUUAAUUACUCAUAUACGUAUUCACACAGGUGAGAGACCAUAUCAGUGUGAUAUCUGUGGUAAAUCAUUUACUGUAAAAUGUGUCUUAACUAGGCACAAACUUAUUCAUACUGGAGAAAGACCUUAUCACUGCGAUAUUUGUGGCAAGUCUUUCUCUCUGAAAGGUAACCGAGAUACUCAUAAACGUAUUCAUACAGGAGAAAAGCCAUAUCACUGUGACAUCUGUGGUAAAUCAUUUUCUGAAAAUGGUGAUAUAACUCUGCACAAGCGUAUUCAUACGGGAGAGAAACCAUAUCAGUGCGAUAUCUGUGGUAAAUCAUUCUCUAGAGGGAGUACCUUAAUUGCUCACAAACGUAUUCAUACAGGAGAGAAACCAUAUCACUGUGAUAUUUGUGGUAAAUCUUUCUCACAGUGUGGGGUCUUAACCAGCCACAAACGUAUUCAUACAGGGGAGAAACCAUAUUUAUGUGAUAUCUGUGAUAAAUCAUUCUCUGAAAAAAGUCACUUAACUAGCCACAAACGUAUUCAUACAGGGGAGAAACCAUACCUGUGUGAUAUCUGUGGUGAAUCGUUCUCUGGAGGAAGUACCUUAAUUACUCACAAACGUAUUCAUACGGGAGAGAAACCCUACGAAUGUAAUAUCUGUGGUAAAUCAUUCACUGAAAGAAGUCACUUAACAAAACAUAAACGUAUUCAUACUGGAGAAAAACCAUAUCAGUGUGAUGUCUGUGGUAAAUCAUUCUCUGGAAGUAGUGAUUUAACUCGACACAGAACCAUUCAUACAGGGGAGAAGCCAUAUCAUUGUGAUAUCUGCAGUAAAUCAUUCUCUCAAAGUAGUGUGUUAAUUAAGCACAAACGUAUUCAUACAGGAGAGAAACCAUAUCACUGUGAUGUCUGUGGUAAAUCAUUCUCUCAAAAGAGUCACUUAACUAAACAUGUUUGUAUUCAUACGGUUCCAGAAGCUGUGCUAUAAAAUAUGUUGUAACUGAAGAUGUAUUUCAGUGUGGUAACAACAUCUCAACAUUAUAUUUUCUGUAACCACAGAUAUCUCUACAUCACUGAGAUAAAUUACAAUUGUAAUAUUUUUGAUAAAAAUAUUUUUAAAAAUUUAAUUACAUUCCAAUAUUUUUAAGUUCCAUAGUCAUUAUUUUAUUAUCAAUCAUUGGCCCCUUGAGGUAGAAAAGGUCAUCACAUUUGUACAAAUAAAUCCCUCCAAAUUAACUGUCUUUGAAUGUACUUUUAAUAGUAUUUAUCAAUACCAAUGUUCUUUAUUGGUAUUCAUUCUGGUUUGUUCUGAUAGUAACAACUUCAGAAAUAUUAAACUUUAUCGGCCCUAAGACAACAACUGUGACAUGGAGACAUUCAGCUCAUGAGCAAAUGCUAGCAGUUCCUUGGUUUUAUGAGAUAUACAGAGGUCAGGCAGAAGAACUUACCUGCAGCAAUUCCCUGGUCUUAGAAAACAUACAAAUGUCCAAGAUGAACUCACUUGAGGAAGUUCCAACGUUAUUGGGAGACAUACAGAGGUGUGUGAGAGGAAUAUAACUGAGGUAUUUCCAUGGUCUUUGAGAGGAACUCAACUAGGGCAGUUCCAUGGCCUUACAAGAUGUACAGAGGUUUUGGAUAGAGAUUAACUUAGGGCAGUGGCACGGUCUUAGGAGACAUACAGAGUUCUUGGAGAGAAACUCACCUAGGGCAGUUGUAUGGGAUUAGGAGACAGCAGUCUUCAGAAAUGAACUCUGCUGGACCAGCUCCAUGGUCAUAGAAGGUAUACAAAAGUUUGGAGAGGAAAUCAACUAGGAUACAUGCAGAGAUUUUUGACUUAGGAGAUUUAGAGAGAUCUUGGAGAUGGACAGUUCCAUGGUCUUAGAAGACAUAUAGAGCUCUUUGAGAGAAACUAACCCAAGCAGUUCAGGGUUCUUAGGAAAUAUAUAUAGAGGCCUAGGAGAUGAACUUUCCUGGAGAAGUUCCAUUAUCUUAGAGACAUAGAACAAUCUUUGAAAGGAACUCAUGGAUUUAGGAGAUGUACAAAUGUCUAGAAGAAGAAAUGAACUGAGACAGUUCCAUGAUCUUAUAAAUCAUACUGAGGUCUUGAAGUGAAACUCACUUAGGACUGUUCCAUAGUUGUGGGAGACAUUCAGUGGUGUAUAUGUGAUCAGGAAGAGAAUAACCUGGGGCCGUUGCAUGGUCUUAGAAAAUGGAGGGUUCAAAAAGAAGCUCAUCUGGACAGUUCUAUGGUCUUAACUGAUAUAUGGAGGUCUUGAAAAAAACUUAUAUGGGCAGACUCAUAGUUUUAGGUGACAUAUAGAGUUCUUGGAGAGGGACUCACCUGAUGCAGUUCCAUAGUCUUAGGGGAAAUACAGAAAUCUUGGAUAAGUGUGAUGAAAAAAAAGCACCCAGUACACUUUGUAAAGUGGUUGGUGUAGAAAUUAUGCCAAAAUAGACAUUGGCGCUCAAAGCAGUCCUCUGACACAUUGGAUCCUGUUGAACUGUUUAACCCAUACUGAUAUGGGAGGUGAAUGUAAAGUGAUGAUGAAUACAUCAUCAUCAUCAUCAUCAUUGUUAAAUGUCCACUUUUCAUGCUGGCAUGGGUUGGACAGUUUGACUGAGGACUGGCAAACCAGAA